ACCCCCGCCCCACAAAAUGGGGACCCCCCCCACCCUAAAUUGGGACCCCACCCCAAAAUUUUCACCCCCCCAAAAAGCCCCCAAGGCCUGGGACCGCCCCAAUUCCGGGGCCUGCGAAUGGCCCCAAAAUCGGGACCCCACCCCGAAAUUGGGGCCCCCACCCCAAAACUGGCACCCCCUGCCCCAAAAUUGGGACCCCCCCCACCCUAAAUUGGGACCCCCUCCUCAAAACUGGGACCCCCACCCCAAAAUUUGGACCCCCAAAAACCCCCCAAGGCCCACUUGGGACCGCCCCAAUUCCAUUGCCCCAAAAUGGGGACCCCCUCCCCAAAAUGGGGACCCCCUCCCCAAAACUGGGACCCCCUCAACAAAAUUGAGACCCCAACCCCAAAACUGAGACCCCCACCCCAAAACUGGGACCCCCAAACCCCCCCCAGGAUCCUCCUGGGGUUGGGAUCUGCGGGGUCUCGGAUUUCAUUCCAGCUCCGGGACCCCUCCCCAAAAAGGGACCGGGACCCCCAAAAAGGGACCGGGAUCCCCAAAUAGGGUCAGGACCCCUCCCUGAAAAGGGAUCGGGACCCCCAAAAAGAGAUCCAGAUCCCCAAAAAGGUUCAGGACCCCUCCCCAAAAAGGGAUCGGGACCCCCAAAAAGGGACCGGGAUCCCCAAAAAUGGAUCGGGACCCCCAGAAAGGGACCGGGACCCCCAGAAAGAGCCAGGACCCCUCCCCAAAAAGAGAUCGGGACCCUCAAAAAGAGCCAGGACCCCUCCCCAAAAAGGGACCGGGACCCCCAAAAAGGGACCGGGACCCCCAAAAAGGGGUCGGGACCCCCCAGGAUGGAGCCCCCGACCUGCGGCAACCCCGGAGAGUGGCACCGGCCCCCCCGGGACUGGCGCUCGCUGCUGCCCGAGUUGGCCCAGAUGGUGCCCUGGCCCCGCGGCGGGGGAGGGGCGCGCUCCGAGGUGCAGGUGCUGCAGAACGUUCUGGGUUACCUGGAGUUCCUGCAGGAGCGCGUGCGGGCGGCGCGGGCGGCCGCGGGCCUCCCCCCCUGCGGGGACAUCUCGGAGCCGCCCCCCCCCAGCCUUGGGGACACCGAGCCCAGGACCCGGCGGGCUCCGGUGGCCCCGAGGGGACCCGGGGGGGGACCCGCGGCCGAGGACAGGGACAAGGACGGGGACGGGGACAGGGACAGGGACAGGGACAGGGACAGGGACAGGGACAGGGACAGGGACAGGGACAGGGACAGGGACAGGGACGUCCCCGCAAGCGCAAGUGCGUCAACGGCUUCAUCAUGUUCUGCCGCGUGAACCGCCGCGAGUACAUGAGCGCCAUCCCCGGCCUCACCUCCACGGCGGCCACGCGGGACCUGGCCCAGCUCUGGCGCAGCCUCAGCCCCGAGGAGCGCCGCCCCUACUGCCGGCGCGCGCGGCGCUUCAGCCUCCAGCACGACCGGAUGGUGCGGCCGGACCGGGGCAGCGACGGCGACGGCGACAGCGACGGCGACAGCGCGGCCGCGCCCCUGCGCCUGCUGCUGGCGGCGCACGCGCGGCCCGGGGCCGGCCUGUGACACCCUGGGGACACCUGGGGACACCUGGGGACAGCCGGGGACACCUGGGCACAGCCGGGUGUCCCCUCCAGGGUGCUGUCCCUGUCCCGGGUGUUGUCACCGUCCCGGUUGUUGUCACCGCCGUGUCCCGACAGCGCGGCCGGUGACAGCUUGGGGACAGUUGGGGACAGCUGGGACAGCCUGGUGUCCCCUGCAGGGUGCUGUCCCCAUGCCAGUUCGUGUCCCCGUUGUGUCCCCGUGAUGUCCCAGUCCCAGUUCAUGUCCCCGUUGUGUCCCCGUGAUGUCCCAGUCCCAGUUCGUGUCCCCGUUGUGUCCCCAUUGUGUCCCCAUGAUGUCCCUGUCCCAGUUAAUGUCCCCAGUUCGUGUCCCCAUUGUGUCCCCAUGAUGUCCCUGUCCCAGUUUGUGUCCCCAGUUCAUGUCCCCGUUGUGUCCCUGUGAUGUCCCUGUCCGUGUCCCCAGUUCAUGUCCCCGUUGUGUCCCCGUGAUGUCCCUGUCCCAGUUUGUGUCCCCAGUUAAUGUCCCCAGUUCAUGUCCCCAUUGUGUCCCCAUGAUGUCCCAGUCCCAGUUCGUGUCCCCGUUCCAGUCCCAGUGUGUGUCCCCAGUUCGUGUCCCCGUUGUGUCCCCAUCAUGUCCCAGUCCCAGUGUGUGUCCCCAGUUCAUGUCCCCAGUUCGUGUCCCCGUUGUGUCUCCAUCAUGUCCCUGUCCCAGUUCGUGUCCCCGUUGUGUCCCCAUGAUGUCCCAGUCCCAGUUCGUGUCCCCGUUGUGUCCCCAUUGUGUCCCCAUGAUGUCCCUGUCCCAGUUAAUGUCCCCAGUUCGUGUCCCCAUUGUGUCCCCAUGAUGUCCCUGUCCCCGUUGUGUCCCUGUGAUGUCCCUGUCCGUGUCCCCAGUUCAUGUCCCCGUUGUGUCCCCGUGAUGUCCCUGUCCCAGUUUGUGUCCCCAGUUAAUGUCCCCAGUUCAUGUCCCCAUUGUGUCCCCAUGAUGUCCCAGUCCCAGUUCGUGUCCCCGUUCCAGUCCCAGUGUGUGUCCCCAGUUCGUGUCCCCGUUGUGUCCCCAUGAUGUCCCUGUCCCAGUUUGUGUCCCCAGUUCAUGUCCCCGUUGUGUCCCUGUGAUGUCCCUGUCCGUGUCCCCAGUUCAUGUCCCCAUUGUGUCCCCGUGAUGUCCCUGUCCCAGUUUGUGUCCCCAGUUAAUGUCCCCAGUUCAUGUCCCCAUUGUGUCCCCAUGAUGUCCCAGUCCCAGUUCGUGUCCCCGUUCCAGUCCCAGUGUGUGUCCCCAGUUCGUGUCCCCGUUGUGUCCCCAUCAUGUCCCAGUCCCAGUGUGUGUCCCCAGUUCAUGUCCCCAGUUCGUGUCCCCGUUGUGUCUCCAUGAUGUCCCAGUCCCAGUUCGUGUCCCCAUUGUGUCCCCAUGAUGUCCCAGUCCCAGUUCGUGUCCCCGUUCCAAUCCCUGUCCCCAUGGCAUUUCUUGUCCCCAUCCUGGUCUUUGUCCCCGUCCUGGUUCUUGUCCCCAUCCCAGUUCCUGUCCCCAUCCCAGUUCAUGUCCCUGUCCCAGUUUGUGUCCCCAUCCUGUCCCUGUCUUGGUUCUUGUCCCCAUCCCAGUUCAUGUCCCCAUCAUGUCCCUGUCCCAGUCCGUGUCCCUGUCCCAGUUCGUGUCCUCAUUACGGUUCUUGUCCCCACUGAAAUCUGUGUCCCCAUCCUGUCCCUGUCCCCACCCUGGUUCUUGUCACAACUGAAGUCUCUGUCCCCAUCGUGUCCCCGUCCCAGUUUGUGUCCCUGUCCCCAUCACGUCCCUGUCCCAGUUUGUGUCCCUGUCCCCAUCACGUCCCUGUCCCAGUUUGUGUCCCUGUCCCCAUCGUGUCCCCAUCCCAGUUCUUGUCCCUAUCCCAGUUUGUGUCCCCGUCCCAGUCCCUGUCCCCGUCCUGGUUGUCACCACUGAACUCCGUGUCCCUGUCCCAGUUCGUGUCCCCACCUCUGUGUCCCUGUCCCCACGGUGUCCCCGUCCUGGUUGUCACCACUGAACUCCGUGUCCCUGUCCCUGUCCCUGUCCCCACGGUGUCCCCAGGUGGCUCCUCCGGUGUCCCCAACGUCCCCCAAGCCUCCAGUGCCACCUCCCUGUGCCCCCCAAUGUCCCCUCAGUGUCCCCUGUGCCCCCAGUGCCACCCCCCGAUGUCCCCAACCCACGGGGGGGGGUCCCACUGGUGACAGAAGGUGACAAUGGGAGGGAUUUGGGGACAAUUCAGGGGAUUUGGGGACACUGGGAGGGA